AUGAGACGCCCUCUGUUUUCUUCGCUUCUCCUGCCACUAUUCGCUGCCACGUCAUGCCUCCUCCCUGCGGCCCAAGCCCUAGGUGAGGAUCUCACCUUUGGCUCGUGCGAGCUCGCCCUCGCCCAUGUCCACUUUGACGACGUCGGAAAGGACGCCUCGAAGCUGGCCCAGAGGUGUGAGAGCCGAGAUCGGAUCCUGUCGCUCUACCUCUGCCUCAAGGUCUACGGUGCCGAGGGCGUCGGCAUCCCGGGCCUGAGCCACGAAAAUGAGACCUGCCAGGCUUGGCGCGACACGCCACUGCCGCCGUUUGACAUUGUCGACGCAUACUCCAAUGACGAUAUCGCGCAGCUGAGGCACAUCGGCCUUGACGAGCAGCAGAAUGGUGCCCAUGUUGACGAGGUCAUCAUGCUGUCUGAGACGCUCUAUCGCGCGGCGUUCGAUACUCUCGAUGCCGUUGAAUAUGUCUACUACAAUCACUACAUUUACGGCAUGGCCAUGAUCAUCUUUUGGAUCGUCGUUGUCGCCAUGGGCGUCCUGAGCCGGCUCAUUGCCGCCAUUGGCGAUGCCCAGCGCUCCAUGGUGAAGCCCAGCACCGGCAUUUCACGUCCUUUUCAUGCCUUUUCCGUCUGGCUCAAGCGCCAUGUCACGAUACCGGCGACCUUUGGUUACCGCUGCGCCCAGAACCUCGGGUGGUGCACCAUCCCGCCGAGGAUACAGAGCCUCACCCUCCUUGCCUUCAUCGCCAUGAACGCCACGCCGGCAGCGGAAAUCCAAGCUAACCGUGCCAGCUUUGGGAGUUUCGAGAGACAGAUCUGGCGUUACGGUUCUGACCGCACAGGCAUCAUUUCCUUCUUCAACUUCCCCGUCAUCUGGCUCUUUGGCAUGCGCAACAACGUCGUCAUUUGGUUGACCGGAUGGGACUUUGGAUCCUACAACAACUUUCAUCGCUGGGUUGCCCGCGUCGCUACGCUGCAGGCAGUGCUGCAUUCCGUCGGCUACACAAUUCUCAUCAUCAAAGAGGGUGGUGUCGAUUACUUUGCUUGGUGGUGGACGCAGCUCUUCUUCUGGACCGGCGAAAUUGCAACCGUCCUCAUGUGCCUGAUUUUAGGUUUCUCCGUGUACUGGCUGCGACGCAAGCAUUACGAGACCUUUCUCAUGCUGCACAUUGUUCUGUCCAUCUUUGUUUUGCUCACGAUGCUCGGUCAUGUGUCAAUCUUCAAGGGACAGUACGACAUGCUCGCCUGGAUACCUGCCAUGAUCUGGGUCCUUGACCGCGUCAUCCGCAUGUCCCGCACGCUCGCCUUCAACCCCCGCUUCUGGAACACCUGGGCAUCGGCCACCUACGACCCCAGCAGCAACAUGAUCCGCCUCGUGGUGCCGCACUCGUCGAGCUUCUACACGCCCCAGCCCGGCACAUACUACUAUCUCCACGUUCUGGGUGACACCAAGUUCUGGGAGAGCCACCCCUUCACCAUGGCCUACUCGACAGGCAGCAGGCGCCGGUCGUCCAAGGACCUCAGCGAAGACACGCCGCUGAUGGAGAACCAGAACGACAUCAGCCUCGCGUCCGAGGCAGACGCCAAGGACCCCGCCAUGACCUUCCUCAUCAGACCCUACGACAGCUUCACCUCGCGCCUCAGGAACGCCGCCGGCGCCCAGUGGCCCGCGCCCGCGCCGCUGCGCGUCCUCGUCGAGGGGCCCUACGGCCACACCCAGCCGUUCCACAACUUUGACAACCUCCUCUUCCUCGUCGGCGGCAGCGGCAUCGUCGUGCCGCUGGCGUACCUCCACGCGCUCGUCGCGAGCCCCCGCACCAAGUCGAUCCGCAUCGUGUGGGCGUCGCGCGAGCGCGGGUUCGCCGAGGACGUGGCCAAGCACGACCUCGGCCCGCUCGUCGGCUGCGACAAGGUGUCCGUCACCAUCUGCAUCACCCACCGCGAGGACUUUGCCGACGACGCGCUGUCGGCGCUGCCCGAGGCCGCGCUCGUGCGGUACGGCAGACCCGACGUGCCGCGUGAGGUCGAGGAUGCUGUGCGGGCGGCGCGGGCUGGGAGUCUGGCUGUCGUGGCGUGCGGGCCGGCGCGCAUGGCGGAUGAUGCGAGGAGGGCGGUCGUCGAUUCUCUGGGCCAUACGGAGGCCAAGGUGGACUAUUUCGAGGAGAGCUUCACGUGGUGA